UGUCUGGACCGAUCAGCCAUACCUCAGCUGUUCUCCUCUGUCCAACUCCUGAGAUUGAGAAGUUCUAGGUUCUGGAUCCACGAUGGGCGCGGCACGACCUACCCCCUCUCGGCAGCAACAUGUUAGCCCCUCUACACCGACGCGCACUCGAGUUUCCCGCCCAAGAACUGUCGCAAGCACCCUCGCAUCGUCAAAGAGAAAGCGAACCGCAGAUGAGCAGACGGUCACUUCAAGCGCGUCAACGAAGAAGCCUCGUCGGUCGGCUCCAAAGGUCCCAACAUCAAAUUCUAUUGAAGUUGUUGACUUGACCGGCGAUACCCCCAGCCCGCCAAGGAAGAGAGCGAGAGCGCAAGCGCAAGCGUCAACAUCAACUGACGAGCCAGCCCCUGAACGUCGCGCCAGAAGAUUUCGCGCUCAUCCUCCUAGGACGUAUCUGGAGAGGGCGGCGCGUGCACUAACCCAGCGGAUGUUUGUUGUUGGACAUACUGUCACCGACGUCGAUGAUGCUCCUGAAGUGUGUUUCGACAUUGUCGGGACGACUGGUAAUAUUUACAAGACGACCAUUGGGAAGGUGCCCACCUGCAGCUGUCCGGAUGCUCAAAAAGGGAACCAAUGCAAGCAUAUUUGCUACGUUUUAGUGAAGGCCCUGAGAGCUCCUCAGCAUCUUCAAUAUCAAUUGGCAUUCUUGUCGUCGGAGCUUCGGGAUAUAUACCAGGGCUCUCCAAUUAGCCGUGAGCCUGAAGUCGAGGAGAAUAAGGAUGGCAAUAGGAAGCCGAUCGAAGGAGACUGCCCCAUUUGCUUCAUGGAGUUCGAACCCGACAAGGAAGAGAUAGUCUGGUGUCGCGCAGCAUGCGGGAACAAUAUCCACCAGACCUGUUUCCAGAAAUGGGCCGCCACCCAGCAAGCACAGGGAGUCCGAUGCGUUUACUGCCGUUCUCCCUGGCAAGCGGAUACAUCUAACAUGAACCUCGACAAACUGGUGAAACAAGGUACCAUCUCUUCAGAUGGAUAUGUCAACGUGGCCGACCAAGUCGGCCUCUCCGGGGUGCGCGACUAUUCAACCUAUCACUCUUUCUGGGUGCACCGACAAUCGUAUCCUUAUGGCUCGCGAAGAGGUAGGAAUUCGUGGCGCUACGGGGGGAUGUAAGGCGAUCUUAUUAUUGAAAUGCGUCCCGACGGGUAUUGGACUAUCUUUAGCUUCCGUCUGGCACGGUGAAGAACUUGCAAAGGUGUUCUGGCGUUAACGGAUGAAACUCAUGCGUGGGCGGGUAUCUCCUUAAGGAAA